UGCGCAGCAUGACGCACUCAAACGCGAUCUCUUCAGCAACAGCAAAUCUUAGUGGGAGGAGAGCAUAGACCCAAGCUAUCAUUAACCAAGGGACUUUAACUUAACAUAGGGAAAAUAACAAACAACACAGUAAUACACCACUUAAAACCAAGCACCGCAGGCACGAUGGCGGGAGCAGAGGUGGACGGCCCCGCCAACCCGUCCUGCAAAAUCAUGACCUUCCGGCCCACCAUGGAGGAGUUCAAAGACUUCAACCAGUACCUGGCGUACAUGGAGUCCCAGGGAGCUCACCGGGCUGGCCUGGCCAAGGUAAUCCCACCGAAGGGGUGGCGACCGCGGCGCAGUUAUGAUGACAUCGACGACCUGGUGAUCCAGGCUCCCAUCCAGCAGAUGGUGGCGGGCCAGUCGGGCCUCUUCACCCAGUACAACAUCCAGAAGAAGCCUGUGAGCGUGCAGGAGUUCCGCAGGCUGGCCAACAGCGACAAGUACUGCACCCCAAGGUAUCUCAACUACGAAGACCUGGAGAGGAAGUACUGGAAGAACCUGACCUUCCUGUCCCCAAUCUACGGAGCAGACGUGAACGGCACAUUGUAUGAUGAAGGUGUCGAGGAGUGGAACAUCGGCCACCUGAACUCCAUCCUGGACGUCAUCGAAGAGGACUGCGGGGUCUCCAUCCAAGGGGUGAACACCCCCUACCUGUACUUCGGCAUGUGGAAAACCAGCUUCUCCUGGCACACGGAGGACAUGGACCUCUACAGCAUCAAUUACCUUCACUUCGGGGAGCCCAAGUCAUGGUAUGCCAUUCCUCCAGAGCAUGGGAAGAGACUGGAGCGCCUGGCCACCGGUUUCUUCCCGAACAGCUUCAAGGGCUGUGAAGCGUUCCUCCGUCACAAGAUGACCCUCAUCUCACCCUCCAUACUGAAGAAGUACGGGAUCCCCUUUGACAAGAUCACACAGGAGGCGGGUGAGUUCAUGAUCACCUUUCCCUACGGCUACCACGCCGGGUUCAACCAUGGCUUCAACUGCGCCGAGUCCACCAACUUCGCCAGCGUGAGGUGGAUCGACUAUGGGAAAGUGGCCACCCAGUGUAACUGCAGCAAAGACAUGGUGAAGAUCUCCAUGGAGCCCUUCGUGAAGAGGUUCCAGCCCGACCGCUACCAGGCGUGGAAGCAGGGGAAGGAUGUGUACACCAUCGACCACACCCGGCCCACGCCCACUACCACGCCCGAGCUCCAGACCUGGCUCCACCGCCGCAAGAGGGCCAGGCCCACCACCAAAAGCAGCCUCCAUCAUCCCAGAACACGGUCAAAGAAACUGAAGAUUGUAGAGGAGGCUGCUGACGUAGAGUCGCCAGCAGGGGGCGCCGGGACCAGCGCCACGACCACGCAGGCUCCCAGGGUCAGGAAGGAGGCGGGCAAAGCGGGCAGAGGGGUGGAGCCGGAAAAGACAGAGGAGCCACCCUCUGGGGCAGGGGAAGACUUUCCUCCAAUCCAGCAGGAUGCCCCGCUCCAAGACCCUGUCCAAUCCUCAGGGGACAGCCAGACGGCCACGUGCAGGAAGAUGUGCACCGUUAGCGUGAGCCGGAUAGAGAGCGACAGUGCGACGAGCCGAGCCAGGCCCUCCCCUCCAGCCCCCGCUGCGGACCGAAGCGCCGGGGGAGAGCGGGGUGGGGAGGAGGGGCGGCAGGAGGAAGAGGAGGGGGAGCGGCGUCCUCCCGCCGGAGGAGCCGGCCACGGGGAGUCCCCAGUCCGAGCCGGUGACCCCCCCUCCCCAAACCCGGAGUUCGUUCCUCUGCCCGCUGGGUGUCUUGGUGGCGUGGCCGCUCACGACCUCCACGCAGACGUCUCCGCCAGCCCACAAUACGCCGGGCUGCGCUCCCCGGCGGGGGAGAGUCAGGAUGAGGCUACUUUACAGGGCGACGCAGUGCAGGACCCAGCGUGCAGUGCGGCCCCGUCGUCUCACAGGGAAGUAGAUGCUCAAUCACCGGUGCUUGGCGCUGACAAUCAAGCCCCUCCCCAUCUCAGUACCCAUGAGACAGAACUAGUAAGCCCUGUAUUAGAACAUCUGAGCUCAGCAGCAGCGGAUCGUAUUGCGGUUUCUGCCCCAGCGGAGCUUAAUGAAGAGUUCUGCCCCAGCCCUCAGCCAAACUGCAAUGCCACGGCUCAGGGUUCCGAGGAUCCCUCUGCGCCACCAAUCAGUGCUAGGGGAGACUCCCCCCCUCCCCUGCUGCACAGGAGCGGAGAGAACCAUUCCCCCACACCGCUCAGUGUCGCCGCCCCGGUGGCCAACAUCGGGCCCAGCAGCGAAAUGCCCUCUCUCACCCCCGAGCUGGCGGACGAGGAGCAGGACCUCCUGGGGGCGCCCUCCCAGGAGAUGCCCGCCCUCACCCUGGCGGUGGGCGACGAGGCCGGGGAGGCCUGUGGCCUGGCAGCCACGCCCCUGGAGGACCCCGCCGCGCCGGUCCUCUACAGAGAAACGGCCCUGCCCUCUGGGAUAAGGGGCGGAGCUUGCACUGAAGCCUCUCUGCUUCACAUUGAGGAGCGCAGCCAGUCCUCCGAGCAUCAGCAGGACCUGUCUGCGCCCUCGGCUGUUGAGGUUCUUGUGGCGUUACCGAUGGAACUCACCCAGGAGGAGGGGGGUGAGGAGGAGGGGGAUGCGGUGGCCUCAGUCAAAGAGCUGCAGACUCUAACUCCGGUCCCUUGCGAUGUCCGUCCCCCAGCCUGUGGCUUUGACCAGCAGUGUCCCAUUUCCUCUCACAGCUGUGAGAUGAACCCAGACACGGGGUCAGACACGGGGAGCACAACACUAACAGAACAAGCGCACCCUCUCACUGCCCCUCUCUGUUACUUAUAUAGCGCUCCGACCGAAAAUAACGGGGUCGGCCUCGUAGAGGAAGGCUGUGCGUCGGAUGACCGUGGUGUGGAGGCCGGUGCCCUCACCGCUGGCAUCUGGGACAGCCUGAAUUCCCAGGGCCCCGCGGUCCUGAUCGAGGAGGCGCACCCGGAAUUCCCCGUCCUCCUGCCCCGGGACAAGGACCUGGGUCACUACAGCCUGGGCUCCCCGAGCCACGGCAUGUGGAGCCGGGCGGAGUCCCCGGAGGCCAAACCGCGAGCCCCCUCGGCACGGGAGACGGGGGCGACGGAGGCCCCCCACGAGGACCCGCUGUCCGUCAACGGAGGGUACGACCCCCGCGUGAUGGCGAAAGAGGAGGCCGAGGGGCUGACCCCGCGCGGGGCGGGGAUGCUGGGUUACUACGGAGAUGAGCCGUCCCCCUCCCAGGACGGGAACUCGGACGCUGAGCGGAGCACCACGAGGGGAGGGGACACCAGCAGCGAGUCGACCGAGGCGAACAACCUCAGCGAGCUGGAGUGUGGGGACACCGAGCUGGAGCCGGGGGAGAUAUGCACUAGCUCCAGUCAGGUGGUGAUCAAGGUGGGCAGGAAGAGGACCGCCAAGAGCUGGCGCCACCCGCUGAGGAAGCCGACCGCCCGCGCCGUGCCCAGCGCGGUCAAGCAGCAGGCCGCCAGUGACGAGGAACUCCCGGAUCCCUCCCUGACGGAGGAGGAGGCGCAGGAAGUGGAGCCCUGGGCCAAGCCCCUUGUCCACCUGUGGCACAGCAGGAAGCCCAACUUCUUUGCCGAGAGGGAGUACAACGCCGCCGCCGCCAAGACGGAGCCGUACUGCGCGGUGUGCACGCUGUUCAUGCCGUACUAUCAGCCGGAGGAUAAGGCCGAGGAGAGCAGGGUGGUGGUGGAGGCGGUCCCGGGCUCGGCAAAGGCCCCAGGCGCCCUCCGGACCAAGCCCCUCAUCCCGGAGAUCUGCUUCGCGUACCGGGAGGAGUCCUGCCCUCCCAACGCCCUGCUGGAGGAGGACGGCUCCAGCCCCCUCAUCUCCUGCAGGAGGUGCUGUGUGCAGGUGCAUGCGAGUUGCUACGGCGUACCUUCACAAGAUGUCUGCAGUAACUGGUCAUGUGAUCGCUGCGUAAAUGGAGACUUGACAGCGGACUGCUGCCUGUGCAAUCUGAGGGGCGGAGCGCUGAAGCAAACCACCGACAACAAGUGGGCCCACGUCAUGUGCGCCGUGGCCAUCCCGGAGGUGAGGUUCGGCAACGAAGCAGAGCGGAGCCCCGUCGACAUCAGCGGCGUCCCCCCGCAGAGGUACAGACUGAAAUGUGUCUACUGCCGUAAAAGGAGCAAGACGGUUUCGGGGGCCUGCAUCCAGUGCUCGUGUGGCCGCUGCCUGACCUCCUUCCACGUGACGUGCGCGCACGCCGCCGGGGUGACCAUGGAGCCCGACGACUGGCCCUACGUGGUGUUCAUCACCUGCCACCGCCACCAAUCACGGACCUCCGGCGCUAAGAGCAAAGCUUGUAAGAAGGAUAUUGUUCUCGGGCAGACAGUCAUCACAAAGCACAAAAACGGGAGGUACUACAGCUCCCGGGUCACAGAGGUCACCUCACAGACCUUCUAUGAGGUCAUGUUCGACGAUGGCUCCUUCAGCAAUGACACCUUUCCGGAAGACAUUGUGAGCAGAGACUGUGUCCGCCUCGGCCCUCCAGAGGUGGGAGAAGCCGUACAGGUUAAGUGGCCCGACGGCCUCUUCUACGGAGCCAAGUACCUGGGAUCCAACACCUCUUAUAUGUACCAGGUGGAAUUUGAAGAUGGUUCCCAGGUCUUGGCGAAACGAGAAGACGUCUACACCCUUGAUGAAGACCUUCCCAAGAAAGUGAAAGGACGUCUUUCGACAGCCUCCAGCAUGCGGUUCCAGGACGCCUUCUACACGCCCAUGAUCCAGGGAGAGACCAAGCGGCAGCGGACGCCCAACUCCCGCUUCCAGAAGGACUACGUAGCCGACCUGGGCUGCCGCGUGUCCUCGAAGAGCGCGGGCGAUCAAAGGAGCGGGAAGGGGAAGUGAGGAGACGCCUCUCCUCCCGAGCAGGAGGGACAGGCAAACGCACUACAGGGCGAGGAAGGAAGGCCCAGGGGCUUUUACAGAGCGAACAGCCGCGACUGCAGUUUUCUGAAGGACGAUGAACCAUCAGGCGGCGCAUCAUUCAUAAAUGGCUCCCCCAUGCUUUCACAUCUGUCAGGGAAGAUGAAAAAUAAAUAAAUGAAUCUAUAUUUGUUGCAUAAUGUUUUCUAAAUAAAUUAUAAAGCCUAAAAAGAAUGUUUUUGUUUGUAUAUUUCAAGAAUUCCCAAACUUUUCUAAACUGACUAAGCUCUUGACCAACCCCCUGAUGCUUGUUUUACGAAUGGUGAUUAACCUUGUGUAAGCUCUGAAGUUUCCUUUUAUAUAUACUGUAUUACUGACAUUUUUUCCCCCUCUGCAUGGUCAGCAUUACCCACUACUGUUUCUUGCCUCUUCUGGGGAAUUUGUGAAUUAUUUGAUAUGUGAAGCUGCGAAUUGCGAAG